GCCUGGGUGAUACGGGCCUCACCGUGGACGCGCUGGUGUUCUGCUGGGAGGUCGUCGUCAUGGUGGCGCCCGUGGUGUAUCUGGUGGCGGCGGCUCUGCUUGUCGGCCUUAUACUCUUCCUCACUCGCAGUCGUGGCAGAGCGGUAGCAGCUGGUCCAGGGUCACUGCACAAUGAAGAGGAUCCAAUAAUAGCAGACCAGGUGGCCCAGUAUCGGCCACUGCAGACUGAGGAACAGAGGGCUGGAGGCAGGCCCCGGCGCAGGAGGGACCUGGGCAGCCGCCUGCAGGCCCAGCGUCGAGCCCAGCGGAUAGCCUGGACAGAAGUGGAUGAGAAUGAGGAGGAAGCUGUCAUCCCAGCCCAGGAGGAAGAAGACAUUGAGAAGCCAGUGGAAACUCAUCUGACAGGGAAAAUUGGAGCCAAGAAACUACGGAAGUUAGAGGAGAAACAAGCUCGAAAAGCCCAGCGUGAGGCAGAGGAGGCUGAACGUGAAGAGCGGAAACGUCUAGAGUCCCAACGUGAGGCUGAGUGGAAGAAGGAGGAGGAGCGGCUUCGCUUGGAGGAGGAACAGAAGGAGGAAGAGGAGAGAAAGGCCCAGGAAGAACAGGCCCGGCGGGAGCAUGAGGAGUACCUGAAACUGAAGGAAGCCUUUGUGGUGGAGGAGGAGGGUGUGGGUGAGACCAUGACUGAGGAGCAGUCCCACAGCUUCCUGACAGAAUUUAUCAACUACAUUAAGCAAUCCAAGGUUGUACUCUUGGAAGAUUUGGCUUCCCAGGUGGGCCUACGGACUCAGGACACUAUCAACCGCAUCCAGGACCUGCUGGCUGAUGGGACUCUAACAGGUGUGAUUGACGACCGGGGCAAGUUCAUCUACAUAACCCCAGAGGAACUGGCUGCUGUGGCCAACUUCAUCCGACAGCGGGGCCGGGUGUCCAUCACUGAGCUUGCCCAGGCCAGCAACUCCCUCAUCGCCUGGGGCUAGGAGCCCCCACAACCCUGCCAGCCUGACCUCAGCCCUGCCUACUUGGACUCAGAGCUGGUGUGGCCUACCUGGCAGUACAUCUUCAUCUCUCCUCACCAUCCUGAGGCAGUGAUGGAAUGUGGCCAGGAAGUUGUAAAUUAAAGGCCUGUGAGCACUGCUGA